AAACAGGCGACUUGGCCGCCCAGAGAGGCUUUAUCCGUGGCCCCUUGAUCUUCUUCCUGCGCUGAGAGCCUUCGCGGGUGAGGCGUAACGUGCAGGAGGUCUCACGAGAGUGGAAGCAAGUCUCGCGAAUUUUAAAAUUUAUCUUUUUGCCUAGCGACUGACAACAGGCUGGUUGCUUGGCGUGGAAUGGUAAAGUGGCCUGGCUUUGAGACUGGAGUGAGACCCUAGCCCUAGGCUGGGGUUCUUUCCAUUAUAGAGGAGACGGAUUCAGAAGGGCUACAGACCAAGGUUAUUGAAAACCAGACAUAUGAUGAACGUCUAGAGAUUAACGACUCUGAAGAGGUUGCAAGUAUUUAUACUCCAACCCCAAGACACCAAGGACUUCCUCAUUCUGCCCAUCUUCCUAACAAGGCUAUGGCUGAUAACAGCAGUGAUGAGUAUGAAGAGGAAAAUAACAAGGUCCUAAGGGAGGGCAUGCCACAGGCUCCAGGCCACAGAGGCAAAGACAUGGACCCUGUUCCACCUGCCCCUGAAAGUCUCAAGUGCCACCAGACCCCUUCUCAUGGACUUGAGAGGGUGGGAUGGUACAGAGAGAGCCAGAAGCACAGAAAGGAGAAGAAGAAGACCUCACAGUUGACACCUCAACGGGGCUUUAGUGAAAAUGAUGAUGACGAUGAUGAUGAUGAUUUAUCUGAAACUGAUUCUGAUUCUGAUGAUGAUGAUGAAGAGCAUGGAGCCCCUCUGGAAGGGGCCUAUGACCCUGCAGAUUAUGAGCAUUUGCCAGUUUCUGCUGAGAUUAAGGAACUCUUCCAGUACAUCAGUAGGUACACACCUCAGUUGAUUGACCUGGACCACAAACUGAAGCCUUUCAUUCCUGAUUUUAUCCCAGCUGUCGGGGAUAUUGAUGCAUUCUUAAAGGUCCCACGUCCUGACGGAAAGCCUGACAACCUUGGCCUGUUGGUAUUGGAUGAACCUUCUACAAAGCAGUCAGACCCUACAGUGCUCUCACUCUGGUUAACAGAGAAUUCUAAGCAGCACAACAUCACGCAACAUAUGAAAGUAAAAAGCCUGGAAGAUGCAGAAAAGAAUCCCAAAGCCAUUGACACGUGGAUUGAGAGCAUCUCUGAAUUACACCGUUCUAAGCCCCCUGCGACUGUGCACUACACCAGGCCCAUGCCCGACAUUGACACACUGAUGCAGGAAUGGUCCCCAGAGUUUGAAGAGCUUUUGGGCAAGGUGAGCCUGCCCACAGCAGAGAUUGAUUGCAGCCUGGCAGAGUACAUUGACAUGAUCUGCGCCAUUCUAGACAUCCCUGUCUACAAGAGUCGGAUUCAGUCCCUCCAUCUGCUGUUUUCCCUCUACUCAGAAUUCAAGAACUCCCAGCAUUUUAAAGCCCUCGCUGAAGGCAAGAAAGCAUUCACUCCUUCAUCCAACUCCACCUCCCAAGCUGGAGACAUGGAGACAUUAACCUUCAGUUGAGACAGCUCCCAAGCUGCUGUUUCAAGGCCGAGCUGGCCCCUCUGCCCCAGCUGAGAUGGACAGAUCGUUGUCAGCUACUUGAUGUCCUUGCCUAUGCCACAGCUUGGCUGAGGGCCAGUGCAUGCCCUGCUGCCCUCUCUGCCAGAGGGCACAGAACAUGUUUGUUUAAUGAACCUGCCUGCCUCAGAUUGCUGUCCCUGGCGAGUUAAUGCAUCUAUACCACUGUGGGGAUUUGAGUUAGAAGAAUUGGAAUUUCUGAGAUCCCACGGAGUUUGGAUUGGGAGGAAAGCUUAAAAGAUUUCCUUUUUGUGGGAGGGAUGGAAUUGUUUUCUUUCCUUCGUAAAGUUAGUGGGUAAAAAUUUUAUAAAUCAAA